GUGGGCCGGGGCAGGGCGGGCAUGGCGCGGACCCCGGGCCCGGCCCCGUUGUGUCCUGGAGGCGGCAAAACACAACUUUCCUCUGCUUCUUCUCCCGCGGCCGGGCUGCUGCUGCUGCUGCCGGCCCCGACGCCGCCGCCGCUGCUCCUGCUUCUCAUCCCCCUGCUGCUCUUCUCCCGGCUCUGUGGUGCCUUAGCUGGAUCAAUUAUCGUGGAGCCACAUGUCACAGCAGUGUGGGGAAAGAAUGUUUCGUUGAAAUGUUUAAUUGAAGUGAAUGAAACUAUAACACAGAUUUCAUGGGAGAAGAUACAUGGCAAAAGUACACAGACUGUUGCAGUUCAUCAUCCUCAAUAUGGAUUCUCUGUUCAAGGAGAUUAUCAGGGAAGAGUCUUGUUUAAAAACUACUCACUUAAUGAUGCAACAAUUACUCUGCAUAACAUAGGCUUCUCAGACUCUGGAAAAUACAUAUGCAAAGCUGUUACGUUCCCACUUGGAAAUGCCCAGUCCUCUACAACUGUGACUGUGUUAGUUGAACCUACGGUGAGCCUGAUAAAAGGGCCAGACUCUUUAAUUGAUGGAGGAAAUGAAACAGUAGCAGCCAUUUGUAUAGCAGCCACUGGAAAACCAGUUGCACGUAUUGACUGGGAAGGUGAUCUUGGUGAAAUGGAAUCUACUACAACUUCCUUUCCCAAUGAAACAGCCACGAUUGUCAGCCAGUACAAGCUCUUUCCCACAAGAUUUGCUAGAGGAAGGCGAAUUACUUGUGUUGUCAAACAUCCAGCCUUAGAAAAGGAUGUCCGAUACUCUUUCAUUCUAGACAUCCAAUAUGCUCCUGAAGUUUCAGUUACAGGAUAUGAUGGAAAUUGGUUUGUGGGAAGAAGAGGUGUUAACCUCAAAUGUAAUGCUGAUGCAAAUCCUCCACCCUUCAAGUCCGUAUGGAGCAGGUUGGAUGGACAAUGGCCUGAUGGUUUAUUGGCUUCUGACAAUACUCUUCAUUUUGUCCAUCCACUGAAUUUCAAUUAUUCUGGUGUUUAUGUCUGUAAAGUGACAAAUUCCCUUGGUCAAAGAAGUGAUCAAAAGAUCAUCUACAUUUCAGACAUCCCACUUAAGCAGACUUCAUCCAUAGCAGUAGCUGGAGCUGUGAUUGGAGCUGUCCUGGCCCUCUUCAUCAUCGCUGUCUUUGUGACCGUGUUGCUAACACCGCGAAAGAAGAGACCUUCCUAUCUUGACAAAGUAAUUGACCUUCCACCUACACAUAAGCCGCCCCCUGUGUAUGAAGAACGAGUUUCUUCUCUGCCUCAAAAAGGCCUUCUGUGUCAGGCUGAACACUUACCGUUGCAGACUCAGUUCAAAGAGAAGGGAGCUAGUUGUCUUCAGUCCUCUAAUGGACUAAAUAGCAGAUUUGAUUAUGAAGAUGAGAACACAGUGCAAGAGGAUGGAACUCAGCAGAUGUACCCCCUUUACAACCAGAUGUGCUACCAAGACCCGAGCCCUCACAACCACCACUCAAGCAACCCUGAGAGACCCUACAUCCACCCACGAGAACAUUAUGUGUGAUUUUCCUCUUGUUGUAACGCGUGUUCUAACGAAUGCUUAUUCUUAGACUUGAGAGAGAAACUGAGGCAUCUAAACAGUUUCAGUCUGAAUGUGUUGGAACUUUGAAGAUGGCUCUGAACUACUAGUGGAUUUCUUAACUUCAUUAAGGGUUUCUUAGCCACCAGCUGUGUUUGCGAACUUGCCUGUAGCUUUGCAUCUCUGUAACUCUGGUGUUUAACUACUAACAUUGGCCUACAAUGGCAUGUUCAUUUGAAAUCACGGCAGCUGCCUGUGAUGAUUGCCGGGAAAGGGCCAAGCUGCUGCCAGCCACUCUGCUUGGGUCUCAGGCAGUGCUUGUUUGUAAUUUAAACAGGUGGGAAAAGGAGCUCCAAAUCCAGUUCACUAAUUAUUAAGCUGGGAUUUAGAUAUCCCUAACAUUUUCAGUACGAUUACAAUACCUUUGUAGAGAGGCCAAGGAAAGAAGCAGACUUGCCUCUCUCCAAACAACAAAAGCAAUGAGAACCUUCAAGCCUCCGAGUGCUUGUGAACCAGUUUUAUGUUAAGUGUCCUUCCUGGCCAUUAGGCUCCAAGGGCUUCUUCACAGGGCCGUAUGCCCUCUGUCCCCUCAUGACGAGCUGUGUCUGUAAAGUCCUCCACUUUGUCCUUAUUGCGUCAGCCUUUUCCCCACUUACUGAGUCCUAAAAUCCCUGUCAAAAUGGGCUGCAGUCCCGUUAGCUUUGCCCUUCUUUUUCUGAACGUGUCAAGCUCAGCUUUCACUUCUUAAACUGAUUUCAAGCCAGUCUCCCUCCACGCAGGCUUUAGCUAGCUACUCUUCUGCAUUCUUUACUUUUCUUCCCUGUCUUAUCUACCUCAACAAACAAACCAGCAAGCCUACUGGAAAUCACCAUAAAAUAACUCCCACUCUUAAAAGCCAGGAGAAAAAUUUGAAAACUAUUUUUUUGUAAUAUUACUUCAAUAUGACAUAUUGGCUCAGUCUGCAUGUUCUCUAUUCCUCCUCCCCACAUCACCUGGUCAACAAGCCUAAAGAGACACUCUAAAUUGGAGAAUGCAGUAGCCUCUCUGCCAGGGUAAACAGCUACACCGUGAUGCUGUUUUGCCUGCUCAUGUCUGCCCGGAAUCCUCUCAUCUCCCUCUGCCAACUGUCUAUCACUGAGACUGACAAUGGUCACAGAAGGAAACCUAAAGGCAAAAGGAUCGUGGGCACAUCUUGAGGAUGUCACUUUACUAUGUGUCCUGGAUGGUCAGAGCAUGUCACAGGAAUUAAAAAAAAAAUAAAAAUAAAGCACUAUGUACUUGUUACAUAUUAAGAAAGAGUGGUAUCAACAUCAGAAUAAACAGUAUCCAUUUCCAGCCUAAACCACAGAGGAAAUAAGAACAUUCCCAGAUUUAUAGUGAAAUACCAAAGAUACUUUAUUCAUGCCACACUGGCCUUGGGUUCCCCUUUGCUUCUUUUUGUUGUUUGUCAAGCUUUCAGAUAAGCCAUGAAGGUGGUUCUGCUGUAGUAGUAUACCCACCCAAACCACUUCCCCUUAUCAGCAGUUCUAGGAGCAAGAAUACUCAAAUUCCAUCCUACUUCUUUGUUUAGGAUUGGCGUCUUUAGCCGUUACAGCUCUGAAGCACCCUGAGUUCCCCCGGUCUUCUCUGCUCCACCACUGUGCUGCUCUGGGUGUAGUUUACUGCCUUUAUAGCAAGGACGAUGGCCAACUUCAUUGCUCAGGAUGUCACCACUAACUCACUAACUAAGUCAGUGUACCUCCAGUUACAAGAUUCCUUGGGGUUGGUUUCCAGUACAUAGACGGUAUAGUUUUCUUGGGUAGUGAACAUUUCAUUAGGCCUCAAUGUUAGGGGCCAGAUUGCGGAGCACCCCUGCUUUAGAAAGCUUUAAAUAUCUUAACACAGGAGAGAGUUGCUAGAGUCCUGCUGGGAAGCAGGUCAUAGUGUCCACUUCACAAAAGCUAGUUGUGGACCCAGAGGGAGGGAAGGGGAUGGCAUUAUUUGUGACGGAGAAAAGGAUCUGGAAGCCUCUUGUCCUCUCCUUUGCAUCCCCCCACGAGGACCCACCGUCUCCCUUCCAACGAAUCUUAGUGUUGUUAUGAAAAGGCUAUUUUAGGGUGUGGGUAUUCUCGUGCAGUCAGCUAGUUCACUAUCAUCUGUGCCUUUCUGUCAGCUAUGAAAUUUCUUAGGCAUACUGCUAUGUUUGAUAGUUGUUGGCCCCAGACAGUCACAUAAGCUUCAUAAUAGUUUAUUCUUGUAUCUCCUGUCUGCUAUUAAAAAGUUAACCAAAUACAGAACAGCUUUAAAGGGGGUUGAUUAACCAGGCCUCUCAACAACCAAAUAUUGCCACCCAAAAUUAGUCUGCUAAUUUUUGAACUUCUGAAUUUGGAGCCUAGAAGAUUUGAAUUUGGAAGUUAGACUCUAAAGGUCAGUAAGUGAGGUUGAGGGACAUGUUCACAGCUGCUCAUGCUCUGCCCAUAACUGUUCUAUCAAAGUUCACUGAAACAGGAGUAAAUUUGUAUGGCAUUUCCCAUGAACUGCCGCCACUCUGCAUUCCAAGGAGACGGAUACAUGCUCACCCUCCUCCCAGCCUCCAUUGCCUAUUUUACCUGCCAGCAUUGUGGCUGCAGUAGCAGACCCAGAGUUUUUGCAUCUCACUACAGUGAAGCAUGUCUACUAGCUAGGAACAGUCUGACUUAAUGAAGUAAGAAUGCAAACAGCAGUGAUUUGUUAUGUCUUCUAUGAGAGUUCCUUUCAGCCUGACAUUUUGUAUGCUUUAUAUUUGAAGACAUUUCUAUGCUCUUUGGAGUAUAUGAAACUCUUAUCCAUGCUAACCAUCUGUAUAACAGGUGAAUAAGUGUGCACCCACACACCCAUACACACAAAGGAGACAAAAGAAAUCCCCAGUUAAGUGAACAAGUUCCCAACAUUAUUAUUUUAUAAGUCCUAUUUGCUCAGAGAAAGAAGACCAAGUCCUUCUCCCCAAGUUGUCUUUUGUAGAAGUCUAAAUUUCAAAAAGUUUGUUUGUUGCUCUUCUUUUCUUGCAUUCACUGGUGGUAUUCUUACUGUAAUAUACAGCUUGCCUUGAAAUUUGAGGAUCCCCUGUUGUUUUCAGAGUCAACAGGACAGGUCAAUACCCAGCUUUACCCGUAACUUUAAAAACUAAGGAAAACAAACUAUGUAGCGUAUCAGCUGUCCCCAUCCAUAACACAGAGACCUUCCCUGGCAACCUCUCAGAACUGUGGUAAGAAUUAUACUAGGGAGUGGUGGGUUCUCUCAAACAGAACUUCCUAUGACUCCACUGUUGCAUAUUGAACUUCAACCUCCAGUGCCUUUGCCAGUAUUUAAGAGUACUGGAAUGUCGUAGGAGAACCAUUCAGCAUGUGAAAAUUUCAAUUUGAUCUAAUUUAAAUAUAACCAAUGGCAGGUUCAGACAUUCCAUUUAUUAUAAUAAACAUUUAUCCCAUAGAAUGUUUUAUAUCUGGGCCAUUAGAUAAAGGUACUUGCCAUGCAAGCCUAGAGACCUAAGUUUAAUCCUUGAAGUUCACAAAAAGUAGAAGGAACGGUAAGGGCCACAACUUGGUCUCCUCACCACCACUUGAGCUCACACACCUUAUGCAAUGCAAUAAUAGUAAUAAAUAAAGGCUCAUCUGUCCAGCUUUAGAUAGGAUUGAAAAUGCAUGCUUUCAAAUCCAUGAUUGAUUCUUUUUUUCAAGUAACUAUGAAUGAGGAGCUUUAGGGAGUGUAUUGUAUGGACCGGGUUCUAGGGCCAGCACUGUACAUGAGUCAUCUCACCUGCUAGGGUCACACCCUGGUGUGUCCUCUUUCAGGAGCUGACAUGGGAACAGCAAGGUGUGUCCUCUCCCAUCACACCAUUGUAGGCUAUGCAGGUCAUCAUCCAGCUGUUACUUUUUUAAUGCCCACUUUGAUUGUUGGACAGUAUAGUUGUCUUAGUUUUCUUUCUAAAGCAGAAAUCCAAGUGCCUACAUGGACUAAAGCUAUAAGAAACGUUAAAGUAAAAGCAAGUACAUGUGCUCACUUUUUCCCCUUCUCUCCACUAGGUUAACUUACAUUAGGUUAAGCUACGAAGGCUAAGCCAAGUCAAAUAGCACAGACCAUACCAGUUGGUUUGGCUUUACUGCGCACAAAUGUCUAACAUUCUUUCCUGGACUUAAUUUAACAUGCUUCUUGUUAUUUGUCUUUGUCCAUUCAAGAUCCAACUCCCUAGAUGCCAACACUCGUACUGGGGACAGCUGGAAGGAAGCCAGAGAAGCAUAAAAAGAUCACGAUGCCAGGGUCACGACCUGUGCCUCUCAGCUUUGUGUUUUUCUUGUUCUGGUGCUUCAAUAGCAAGGCCUUUCCUUCCUUGGGUCAUCUGAAGACUCUAAAAGAAUCCAGGACUUUUAUCCUUGUUAAAACAAAACCCAAUGUUUGCAAACCUAGCCAAAUAUAGAGCGCAACAACAGUAAUCCUCUUAUAGCUGAUGAAUUCCUGGAUUUCUUCCAUUCAAGAAUAUUAUAAUCUGGCCUUUGCCAGCUAUUAGGCUAUGUUGGUAGCCUUUGGUAGACAGAUGUGUAAAGGCUAUAUGCCUCCUCCCCAACCUCAUCGGGUAAUGGUUCACACUGAAAUCAGUCUUUAAUCUACUGUGUCAUGUGUGUUAAAAAGCCAGGAGGCUCCAGAACAGUUUCCCAGUCUCCUAUAAAGCUGAGAAAGUCCGUAGUCUGCCCUUCCAGGCAAUGUAACACCAUCUCGUGUCUAUCUGAAAGCUCUCAGAAGUAAAUCCAACAAUAUUCUUCCUAAUUCUGUCAGCCAGCCCAUGUUGUGUUUGACUUCUCCUCAGUCUGUCGGACUUGUCUAUGGGAGGGCUAGCCCUACACAAUGUGUGCCAAUCCACUUUUCAUUAUCACCACCAAGUUGGCCACAGACAUAUUCACUUGCUUGAUUACCAAAGUGUCUGAAGUUAGACUGAAAAUAAAGCAUGCAGCAACAGCCUUAGAAGGGACCAGAGCUGCUGGCAGC